ACCCAGAGCUAUGGCUGCCAGUGACGAUUUGGAUGUUCUUCUCGUCUCAAAUCUUGAGUUCGAACACGAAUCGGUAGAAGUUACUUUAACGUCAAGAUAUAUUGCCAUUAAAAAACCCACCAGUCAGUUCUGUAUUGCACUAGAAGAUAUUUUGGCAGCUUCUUCACACACUGGACCACCAGCAAAAGACAAAAUAUGUAAAUUCAAUGGUGACUAUAAAGCAAUUGAAAUGCAGCCUCUUCAUAGUUUAGCCUUUAAGGUCUGUGUGGUGAAACAUGCUAAAAAGCACAAAUGGAGAACAAAGGAACUUAUUUUUACUUGCAAGGAUCAUGCCACCAGUUCACAGUGGAUUGAAAAAAUCAAGGAAGUUUUGUAUGGCCCAGGUUUCAGUAGACCUCGACAUUUAUUGGUGUUCAUCAAUCCCUUUGGAGGAAAGCGCAGAGCUCCCAAAGUCUUUGAAAAAGUUCUGCCAUAUUUUGAAUUGGCAGGCAUUACUACUGAUGUUAUUGAAACUGAGCGCCAGUAUCAUGCUCGGGACACCAUCAUGGAAUAUGAUCUGAGUACUAUUGAUGGUGUUGUGAGCGUUGGGGGUGAUGGGACAUUUUCUGAGGUUCUAAAUGGGCUGAUGGAGAGAACCAAUAAAGACAAAGGGGUGGAGCAGAAUUUCCGACAUAAGCCUGCCAGACCAGGAGUUCGCAUUGGCAUCAUUCCAGCAGGGUCUACGGAUUGCAUUGUGUACUCCACAGUGGGCACAAAUGACCCAAUCACAUCUGCUUUGCAUAUCAUAGUAGGUGACAGGGUUGGAGUUGAUGUAAAUGCAUUGUACAAGCAGCAGGACUUUGUCAAAUACUCUGUUACUAUGACAAGUUAUGGUUACUAUGGAGAUCUGCUGGCAGACAGUGAAAAGCUGCGCUGGAUGGGACCAAAGCGGUACAACUGGAGUGGUUUCAAAAAGUUUGUGUCAAACAAGUCAUAUGAAGGUGUGGUAUCUUUUUUACCUGUGGAACGAAGCAGGAGCCACCCACAGGAUAGAACAAGAUGCUUUUCUGGGUGUAAAAUAUGCCUGAGAGCUCGCCUUGAGUCAGAAACAUCUGAAAGUGCUAGAGACAAUAACUCAGGUGUGGAUUGUUGGCAGAGUGUAGAAGGAAGGUUUGUGGCCAUCAACUGUGUCACUGUCUCCUGUCGAUGUGGUCUGUCCCCUGAAGGCAUGUCUCCUUCUGCUCAUCUAGGGGAUGGUUGUAUGGAUCUCAUCCUCGUUUCUGACUGCUCCCGCAUAGAUUAUCUGCGGCAUCUGAUUCGCAUCCCAAAGCAGAAUGCUGAUCAGUUUGACUUCGAAUUUAUUCAAGUUCAUCGGGUGAGAGAGUUUUCCUUCCAGCCUGCUAGCAAGCAAGAAGAGAAAAUCUUUGAAGAUUCUGAAUCAAGUGGAGCUGGCAGUAGUCUUCAAAUCUCUGGGGAGAGCAACCAUAGUACCAGCAGCAACCCAACACUAAGACAUAGUCCUUCUGCAAACAGUGUCUGGAACUGUGAUGGCGAAAUUAUCAGUCACCCUAACCUUCAUAUCCAGGUUCACUGUCAGCUGGUUGAUCUUUUUGCCAGAGGAGUGGAGAACAAAGCAAACUUGGAAUCAGAACAGCCUGUAUGUUGCAGUCCUUCCAGUGGCAUCUAAAAGGCAUAAUGCCACAUACAAAGAACAAUAGCCAUUUUAGGAGCUUCAUCGGGACCAUCUUCUUUCAUACACAUGGACAAGCUCCAGUGUACUGCACUGAUCUCAUCUGCCACAAAAGUGUUGUCUGCUCAUUGUCUUUCAUUAUGACAGUUUUCUUGUCUGUGUAUGUGGUACCAUUUUGUAGUCAUAAUUAUGCCUUGAAAUACUUUUUAUCCUCUACAUAAAUAACAAACCAACUAUGAAGAAAACUGAAGCAGGGAUAAAGAAAAUUUUUAGGAGAGUUAUGGAAGCUUGAAGUAGCUUUAUCCCAUAUUUCUAGGAACAAGUUUAUUAGCAGUUGAUGUUGGAUGUAAAGUAAUUUGUUUCAUUUGGUGUAUGGAGCAUGUACUUUUUUAUAUGUGGCAUGUUUUUUGAAAACUGUAAAAUAAGGCAAAACUUUAGUGUAAACAGGAUGUAGAAUUUGGGACCUUAUGAAACAUUACAGCUUAAAGGGUACUAAGCUAGAACAAAAGGGCCAUAAAGUUACUUCAGAUCAUCAUUGUAUUUAGUGUGCUCAAUUUAGAAAGUAGUAGGUGUUUAUUAUUCUGCAGUUGUCCACAGGGUUUUUUUCACAAGAGUUGGAGAAUAAGUUAUGACCAGCCACACAACAUUUUAUUUUUCUAUUGUUAUUGUUGUUUUGGAUUUUACUUUUGUUUAAAUUUCUCUUUUUUAAGCUUUACAGAACACAUUUCGUUUGUGUAGUGUUGACAGUGUUUUUACUGCUAUUGCAGAACUUUUACUUCACAAUCGAUUGGAAUGAAAUUUGACAGGAUGUGUAUUUUGAUUGCAGUUUAUUUAAAACAUUAGUUUACUGAAUAAGUUAUGUGGCCAUGUUUAUAACCUUGGUUUAAAAAUGAGCUGGUAAACAUUCUGUGUGAUGCUGCACCGGCACAUGAUGCGUCAUAAAUUUAAUAAUAAUUUAGUAAUCAGAACAUCUACAAGCUGGAGAAGAAGAGAAAUACAGCUAUUGGUCAGUUGUCUUGCUACAACCAUGACCAGCUCCUAACAGUAAUUUUAAACAACACAGUUUCUUGUGAUAGAUAUAAUGGUUUAAGGCUAUGCAUCAACUUAGAAAGUGGAUGCUGCGGAAUGUGUGCUUUGCAACAAGUGCAGGUGACUGUAAAAUAGUUUUGAUUCUCAUGAGAUUGGAUAAUCUUAUUAGAAAUGUCAAGAAAACUGAGGGCACAUGUGCAACCAUUGAACAUGAUGAAUAUGUGGAUGGAAAGGACAGAUGCAUAUAUUUAUUUUACUACUUGGGAAAGGGGAGAUAAUUAUUAUUUUAUUCAUAAAAUACUUUUUUUGAAGUGUCGCUCAAAGAUUUGAGGUGAUUGGCUUGUUUGCACCCGCAAUAAGAGUUGGUAAAGAAAAAAGUGGUAAAAGUAUGAACAACAUCCCCGUUGAGGCAAGUGGCAUAUUAAAAUAUCGUUUUAAAACAUUUGUUUUAAAAGCAACAUUCUGACAAUAGAUAUGUGGAAUUCAGUCUUGCAAGUAUAUUUCUUUGCCAUUUUUGAGUCCUUGGCAUGAUUGAUUUGAUUGCCGAGUACAAUUUACAUUGUACUAUCAUUUGAUGGUGCUUUGGUACUAUUUUAGUCCAGUAUAUGUGAAUAUGUGAAGCAGACUGUGUAAUCUAGAAUAUAACUUAUGUUUUGUGGUUUUAGAGGUUUCUUUGUAUAAACUUUAAAGUUCAGAAAUCAGGUAGAAGAUUAAUUUCAAAAGAAAUGUGAUAUUUUAACUCCAUUGAUCAUUUUGAUCUUAGUGAUCACCAUUUUGAUUAUAGUGAUCUCGAUAGAGAGGUGUGUGUGUGAGGGGUAGGGGGGAGUCAUGAGAGAAUAUUGCAUGUAUGUACCUGCAUGAAUAUACAUGUUCAGAGGUGUUGAUGUUGAAUAAUUACUAUAUAUGCACAUAAAUGUGACCUUUCAAAAAACAUUUUAUACAGAUAAUUAUCAUUUUAUGCUUCAUGUGAAUUUGUAAAUGCUGUGAUGUAAUAUCAAUAGUUUACAAUCUCUGGAUCGCUAACAAAUUUGACUUUUUUAUUUCAUCUAUACUAAAACUUGACCAUGAUUACGUUUGUUUUUGUUAAAGAUUUUUACAGUAAGAUGAUAUUUGCUAUAAUUUAGAAUUAUUUAUAAGGAUAAAUGAAUGAAGUACAAAAUACAACUGUGAUAUGGUCAUGCUUUUGUUGGGAACCUGUCAGCAGGCUCUCCAGUAGACUGAGCCCCAGGACUGCAAACAUGAAGCAAAUCUUUCAUAUCAGAUACAAAUGAGAUUUGAAGUGGCUGUCAGAUGUGUUGCACAGCCGUCUUCUAUCUGUCACUUGUAGCAUGCGGAUUUUGGAGAUAAAUACACUGACUUUCAGGAACCAGAAAUUAUCGACAUGCAUGAAUAAUAGAACCACUGUAAUAACA